GUAUUAGUCUUCAACGGGCAAGGGUGUGCUACGAUCGACUUCGGUUCUGCCUGCUUCCCCUCUGGUCGUCACUCUACACCAGGGAAAAACCCUAGUGUCUGAAAAUGGCGAAAGUCUCGAGCUUCAUCGCAGUGAUCUCUCUCCUCUUGCUUCCCGCACUAUGCCUCUCGUUCUCCGUUGAGAAUCCGACGGAUCGGCGUUUGUUGGUUCUUCUUGACGAUCUUUCACUCAAAUCCUCUCACUCCAUCUUCUUUAACUCUCUCAACUCCCGUGGAUUUGGACUCGAUUUCAAGCUUUCUGAAGAUCCGAAGCUUGCUCUUCAACGUUAUGGGCAGUACCUGUACGACGGAUUGAUCAUUUUCGCCCCGUCAACGGACCGGUUUGGGGGAUCUCUUGAUUCGAAAUCUAUCGCGGAUUUCGUUGACUCCGGUCGUGACUUGAUCUUGGCGGCUGAUGUCUCUGCAUCUGAUUUGAUUCGGAGCAUUGCCACCGAAUGUGGAGUUGAUUUCGACGAGGAUGCGUCAGCUAUGGUUAUCGAUCAUUCUAGCUACGCGGUCUCUGAUAUUGAUGGAGAUCACACCUUGAUUGCUGCUGACGAUUUCGUUAAAUCCGAUGUGAUUUUAGGGAAAACAAAAAUUGAGGCUCCUGUGCUUUUCAGAGGGAUUGCACAUUCCUUGAAUCCUGCCAACAAUCUGGUCUUGAAAGUCCUAUCAGCCUCUCCCUCGGCAUAUUCUGCCAACCCGAGCUCGAAGUUGUCAAGUCCUCCACAACUCACUGGAUCUGCUAUCUCUUUUGUCUCUGUCAUGCAGGCCAGAAACAAUGCCAGGGUCAUGGUGUCUGGCUCUCUGCAGUUGUUUAGCAACAGGUUUUUCAGAUCAGAGGUGCAGAAAGCUGGGAGUCCAAACAAAUAUGGAAAAUCUGGUAACGAGCAAUUUGCCACUGAACUAAGCAAAUGGGUAUUCCACGAGAGGGGGCACCUGAAGGCUGGAAAUCUUGUGCAUCAUAAAGCUGGGGAGAGGGAUGAGCCGGGAAUGUACAGAAUAAAAGAUGACCUGGAAUUCUCAGUGGAGAUACACGAGUGGUCUGGGAAGAACUGGGAACCGUAUGUGGCUGAUGAUGUGCAGGUUCAGUUCUACAUGAUGAGCCCGUACGUUUUGAAAACCCUGUCAACAGACAAAAAGGGGGUGUAUAUGACAUCAUUCAAGGUUCCGGAUGUGUAUGGCGUAUUCCAGUUCAAGGUUGAAUACGAGAAACUUGGGUACACUUCUUUGUCGCUGUCAAAGCAGAUCCCUGUGAGGCCAUACAGACACAACGAGUACGAGAGAUUCAUCACAACCGCUUAUCCCUAUUACGGAGCUUGCUUCUCCACUAUGGCUGGAUUCUUGGUCUUCAGCUUUGUCUACCUCUACCAUAAGUAAGGCCUCUUAUUGAAAGUAAUUUUCUCCACCGGAUGUUCCUAGAAUUAGCUUAUGCGUGUACUUGCAGACUGAUAGUGUUUCAGAGUACGUUUUUAUUUUAUAAAAAAAAAUCGGAUUCGCAUGGUAA